ACAGAGCAGAGGCCGGCUCUUUUGGUCCGAGUCGCCGCUGUAGUUCUUCACUUCCGCGUUUCUCCUGCUUUUAAUUGUGAGAGGUUGAAGAAGUGGCACAAUGUCUCAUCAGACCGGCAUCCAAGCCACAGCAGAGGUGAAAGAGGUCUUCGCCAAGGCACGGAAUGGAGCGUACCGCCUCAUUAAGUUGGUCAUUGAAAACGAACAGCUUGUGCUGGGAGGAACCAGACCCGUGGGCCGGAAAUGGGAGCUGGAUUGGGACAAUUAUAUCCUGCCUCUCUUGGAGGAUGACAUGCCUUCGUACAUCCUCUACAGGCUGGAUAGCACCAAUAAUCAGGGCUACGAGUGGGUCUUCUUAGCAUGGUCCCCGGAUCAUUCUGCUGUUCGGCAGAAGAUGCUGUAUGCUGCUACUAGAGCCACGCUGAAAAAGGAAUUUGGUGGUAGCCAUAUAAAAGAGGAGCUCUUCGGCACAGUCAAGGAUGAUGUAUCUCUAAACGGCUAUAAAAGGUACUUGGCGUCCCAGGCUGCUCCGCUCCCACUGACUGCUGCUGAGGAGGAACUGAGGCAAAUCAAACUUAACGAGGUACAGACAGACAUCCACCUGGACACAAAGCAGCAGACCUUGCAGGGUGUCGCUUUCCCCAUGCAAAGAGAUGCUAUUGAGGCCUUGGAGCAGUUCAGAAAAAGGAGGGUUAACUAUGUUCAGCUUGAAAUUGAUUUUCCAAAAGAGUGCAUCAAGUUAUCCAGCACAGCUCCGACAGAGUUGCGUGACCUGCCCAAAAGGAUCCCUAAAGAUGCUGCACGGUACCACUUCUUCCUCUACAAACACACACACGAAGGAGACUACCUCGAGUCCACAGUGUUUAUAUACUCAAUGCCUGGUUAUAACUGCAGCAUUCGGGAGAGGAUGUUGUAUUCCAGCUGCAAAAACCCUCUCAUAGACACGGUGGAAAAUAAAUUGCAGAUUGACAUUGCUAAAAAGUUGGAGAUUGAUGAUGGUGAUGAACUCACCAGUGACUACAUGUAUGAAGAAGUGCACCCAAAGCAGCACGCGCACAAACAAGCCUUCGCCAAACCCAAGGGUCCCACUGGGAAGAGGGGUGGCCGCAGAAUCACGCGGGCUCCAGGGGAUGCGGGGGAUGAUGAUUAACACUGUGUAUUAAUGGUCCACCUUGUGUGAUGAACCGUUUUUAGAACUCCUGCUCUACCUUAAAGCCCUUGACUCCCAUCUCCAUUGACUAUGCACAAAGGAAAACGCUACACUAGGAUACAACCUGAUUGAGCAGCUCAUUCAGGGAUCUGUGAAAUAUAACCAUGAUGCACUAAAUGUACUUACACUGCUUAAUUUGGAAAUUGAUUCACUUCUCAGACACGUACUAAACCAACCGUUAGCACGAAGGAUGUUUACACGCAGGUGCUCUGAAACUUUCAUUCCAGUCCAUGACCGAGUUAAAGAAUAAUUUCUAGAAGACCAAACCAUUAGAUCCGCUUUCUCAUUUCUUCAGAGCGGUGCUUUUGUUUCAAAAUAAUCGACAUCAUGUCCUGCCAUCUGAACUGAGCUGAGGAGCCUUCUUCCAUUGAAGUGAGGUUAUUUUAAUGAAGGAGGCUCAUGAAGUGCCACAAAUGACGGAAAAAACAUUAUUUUUGAAGUGUAGGUAUAAAUAACAAAUUUGUUUUAUAAUGUGAAGUGCUUUUGAGCUUUGUUUAAAGAAAAAAAAGGGAGGGAAUUUACAAAAAAAAAAGUCAGUGGUGUGGAUUUUUUUUUUUAAUCUCCCGCUGGCCAAAAGGGGGAUUAAAUAAUCCAGGGGGAUAAUCCAGGGGGAUUAUGUCGUGGCGAUGUCUGUCCGUCCUGGGAAGGAUACUCACCUUCUGAAAUCAACUCCUCUGACAAUUUUUGGAGGAAUUUUACGAAACUUGACAGGAUGUUUUUUGUUGGUAAUGCACAUAUUGCAGUUUCGUUCAAUUCAGUCGCAUUUUACCAGAAUUAUGGCAUAGUUGCCAGCGGGGGAUAUUGUGCUCUCAGAGCACUCUUGUGUCCCCUCCCCCCCCCCCCCCCCCCAAUAGGGCAGCAUGGUGGUGUAGUGGUUAGCGCUGUCGCCUCACAGCAAGAAGGUCCGGGUUCGAGCCCCGUGGCCGGCGAGGGCCUUUCUGUGUGGAGUUUGCAUGUUCUCCCCAUGUCCGCGUGGGUUUCCUCCCGGUGCUCCGGUUUCCUCCACAGUCCAAAGACAUGCAGGUUAGGUUAACUGGUGACUCUAAAUUGACCGUAGGUGUGAAUGUGAGUGUGAAUGUGUGUAUGUGUCAGCCCUGUGAUGACCUGGCGACUUGUCCAGGGUGUACCCCACCUUUUGCCCGUAGUCAGCUGGGAUAGGCUCCAGCUUGCCUGCGACCCUGUAGAACAGGAUAAAGCGGCUAGAGAUAAUGAGAUGAGAUUUUUUUCCAAAUUACUUUUUACAUUCAUUGUCCAAGUGAUGAUAAAUUUCUUGAAAUUCUAUUUUUCUAAGCCUGAGCAUUUUGUCCAUGUCCAGUCAGAUAUCAUCUGUCUUAUCAGCAAUCCUUUUUGACUAAUGUAAUAUUUCAAACACACUCCAUGACAUUUAUGUGCAUUUUAUGUAUACAUUGUUCAGCAUUUCUAUGAUGAAGGGACAACAAAUGCAGAAUCCAAAACAGCUCCAUCUACUGAAUAGACAAACCACUAUUAUUAUUCUACUAGUGUGUUAAUGAAGCUUCAUUUUAAAUACAAUGCAAUACAUUAUGUCACAUCUCAAGUGUCUGUGUUUUUUAACAAAUGAAAUUAAUGGCAUAGGAAGAUUAAAAUAUUUAUAUCAUA